AUGGAUCACUUAAUGCUCUCUUGCUUCAUUGUCUGGUCUGUUACUCUGCACCGGGACAGAACCAUACAUGCUACCCCCCUUUUAACCAACUUGUCCAUUGAGGGUAGUGGGUACUGGGAAGAUGGUAAAUCUGAGCGGAUACCCAUCCCCAGUGUUACCUCCAACAAUCUAGAAAUUCUGGAGCCCACAGCCAUCAGCACUGGAAAAAAAGGAACCCAUUUGGAGCACUACUUCAUAACCAAAAUGGUGGACAUCUUGAGAGAAAACCUCUUCCUCAUCCUCGUUAUUACUGUUCUGCUUGUGGUUGUUUUCCUCAUUGUCUGCUCAGCUGUGGUGUUGAGCCACAGACGGAAGGUCAGCACUUACUAUCCUUGCUCUUUUCCUGCCAAAAUGUAUGUUGAUAAGGCAGAUAAAACUGGUGGUGGCCAAGUCUUCAGCGAUGUGCCUGAGAAAUUGGCCAGCAGGACCGUUGAAGAACCUGUCAACUCAGCUAAGCAGCUCCAAGAUGACAUCAUCUUAGCAACCGGAAGACUUUGGAUGCCCACUAAAGCCCCAUGGAGAGAGGAGAAGAACAUGAACCCUGUUGAUAUGGAAAGUAACCCUCGAGCUAAUGAGGAGAGAGAAAAAAGCCUGUACUUGAGUAAGGAGAAUAACACACAGCAGCCUGUUAGCAAUAAGGCUAAGGAAGAGAUUAGUUCCAAAGCAUUGCAAGACACUCUGCCUGUUUGCCACAUGGAAAAGCCUGACCUUUCAAGUACUGACCUCCUUUUAGAGUGUGAACAUCCAUCCAGCUCAGAUAUCUUGGAGGCACGAGAGGAAACAGACAAACAGGAAGCUGUAGCUUCAGCUGUGGGAUUCAUAAGCCAGGAGAGGGCAACAUUUUAG